AGCAAAUGGGGACAUUGCUCAUUUUUUUUUUUUGCUGUGUUCCUCCAAACAUAUUAAAUGAAUCUUAGGACCACAUCCCUUUUAAGCUUUACCAGCUUGUUUUGAAGGGCCUUUCAUAGCUGGAACUCCACUCUUCGGCGCUGGAAGAACAGCUAAGUUUAGAGAUUUGGUGAGAAGUUUGCUUAUAAAUAGAGCCUUUAGCUGUCAUUAGUUUCAUUCCAUCUGAACUUGGGCAGCGUGUAUUCUCUUGUAUUUCAUAGCCAUAGCAGUCCCUCUUUAUCAUCUUCUACACAGCCUGCUCUAAGAGUUCUCCUUCGAUAGCCAUAGUAGCCAUAGCUAUAGUUCUCAAAACGAAGCUAAGCUUACUUCUAGUUCUCGCGGAGUGCCGCCGAAGGGUCGAAGGUGGUCGGAGGACAAGAACUUGACUUGUUGCCGAUUUCGCUGAGCACCGGUGGAGAAGUCGUAAGUUUUCGAGUGGAGAAAGAGCUUUAUCGACGACGAAGAAACCGUGCCACGUCGAGUAUCACGAUGGUGGUCUUCAAAGAUAUUGUGGUCAAGGGUCAAGACUAUUUGCUGAUUUUGAGUGAUGAUGAGCAAGAGACGGAAAUGGGCAUGCAUCUAAGAGUAUUUCCGGCAUUGAUAGGCCACUAUGUGAAACCUUGGCCCAAACUUUUGAAUUCUCUAUAUCAGUCGGAAUGGACCAGCGAGAUCAGUUUGAACAAAGCGUCGAAGGCUCAUACAUUGCAUCCGGCCCGUCCUUGGCAAAGCAAGGAAUCCAAUUUUCUAUUGACUUUGAGGCGAAGGAUCAUCGAUAAAGAUGCCAAAUGGGGAAGGGUUACAAGCUUUCGUGGGGAAUUUCAUUUCUUUGAAGGCUAUUGGGAGUGGACUGAAGAUAUCCUUAGCCGCUGCGGGAAUGAACUCCGAGUUGUUGGUAUCUAUGAUGCAGUUUAUGCCUCUCUUUUCACUUAUGAUUGCCAGCCCGAGAUGGUUAAAGCGUUCUGUGAAGCUUGGUGUCCUGAGACGAACACCAUUCUCACUUCAUCUGGCGAGAUGUCUAUUUCUCUAUGGGAUUUACAGUAUCUAUCAGGGCUUCCGUGUACCGGGACACUGUAUGAUGAGGUUGUACCCUGCGCGAAAGAGAUUCUUGGCAAAGAUCAGUUUGGCAACCCGUUCAUUCCCUUGAGUUGUAGAUAUUUACUCUCUGCUUACUAUUCUCUUAAGCAUCGUGAUGGCGAGGAUCCUAAGAGCUCAGUUUCUAUCGAUGAAUGGAUCAAAUUUUGGUCGAAGAAGGCUUCAAAGUAUUCUCAUCCUCCUGCUCGCAGGGCAAAGAAAUCUCAACGCCCCAAAUCGACUCAUAAUCCGAGUGGUUCAUUUGAAGCGCAUCAACCAUGGUCUUCUGAAGAAAGGGCCCCAUUCAUCGAGCUUGAUGCUAGUGACAAGUAUCACACCACUAUGUACUUGGCAGCUCACAUAGCUUGCUGGUUGUGUAUUUUUGUUUUUCCAGAUGGUGAUGCCAUGUCGAUUAGACCAACUUCUUUCAAAAUGGCAAGUUUGAUGGCGUGCAAACAGAAAGUUGCCCUUACAGCUCCAGUUCUAGCCAGCAUCUACAAAGGGUUGAACACUAUCUCUAGUUCUAUGGAGCCUUCUCUUGUCCUGGUGACGCUACCCUUUCAUUUCAUAUAUGGUUGGAUAGCGCUCUAUUUCAACACUCACAUUCCCCUUCCAAGAAGCCUUGGUGUCGCCAAGAUGACUCUAUACUCAGGCGAAGGAGCUGCGAAGUAUUAUCUGCCUGUUGCGUGCCGCGAACGAAUUCAAUCGUACAAUUCGAUUCGCUGGAAUUGUACCACAUUCACCAAGGAAGAUGACAUUUUCUAUGUCGAUGGUGAAAAUACAAGAGAGAUUGAGCAAUGCUUCUUCAUGGCUAUUCGCUCGAGUUUUUUGGUUCGCCGGCUGGAUGACCACUUCAUCGUGGAGUCUUAUGGUCCUCACCGCUUCAGCCGUCAAUUUAGCUAUUACCAAAUCGUACCCAGCAGCCUUACUCAGAACAUUCGAAGGACAUCUUUGGAAGAAGGUCUCAACCUUUGGCGCAUGUGUUUGCUGCACAGAUCGCGAUCAAGGGCAUGUUUUCCACGAUCUUCUUUGAACAUGAAGAUACAUUAUUCAGUCGACUAUAAGACUUGGUGGGAUAGGACGUACAGAUUUUCUUUUGAAGACAAAAUCUCUUCUCCGGCUCAUAUCACUUUUAAAGGAAAAGAUCAGGAAGAAGCAAUCAACUCCAAAGAUGGAAAGAGGAAGGUCGUCUCUACCACCCUCAUAGCUGAUUCUGGUAGUAGCAAUUCUGAGCGUAAUUGGAAAAAGAAGAGAAUUGCGGGGUCCUCAAAACCGGCCGAGGGUCACAUUGAGGAAGAGCAAACUCUAGUGGAUGCCGAUGUGAACAAGACUUUGAAAGAAGUGUUUGGAAAUAAUCUUGAGAAGGGCUCACCAAUUGACUGUGUAUCCAUUGAAUCCAAUAAGUCAAACGAGAUUCCUUGUCUUGCUAAACAAUCCCGCCCCCGACCAAUGCCAUCAUGUGGGGCGCCUUCCGAGUUCAAUGCCACACGCAUGAUCGAUGAUGAACUCAAGUCGUGCUGCAGGAUCAUCUGGGGAAAGCUUCGUGACAAGGUUGAGAGAACCAAAGUCGAGUUUCUAUCGGCGCUUGAAGACGAGAUACGGAGUGGCAUUUCCCGUAUGAAGAUUAUUUGUGGUCUUGACCUUUCCAACCUUGAAGAUAGUAUUGAUGAACUAUUCUCCAAAGCCACCGCUUUUGAUAAAGUAAGGUCGGCUUCUCAUGAGAUCAAUGAAGGCCACACACUCAAAGUUCGAGAGGUCAAGGUUUGCCUUCAAGAGAAGUUUGCCAAAGAGAAGAAGGAUGCUGCGAAUUGUGAUGCUUUAAAAGCGGAUCUUGAUGAGUUGGAGAAACGCAAGAAAGAAUUGUUGGUGUCUUUGGAGCAGCGAAGCCUGAUACUCAAGACUACUCGUGGUGAGAUCAAGGUACUCAAGGAAGACAUGGCCAAGCUUGAGGAGGCUUCGAGAAAUGAUGAGGUCUUGAAGAAUUUGGAAGCCUUGAAGCUUUCACUAGAGUCUAUGCAGCAGAUUUUGAGAGAUCAAGACCCUUUUGCUUAGUAUAUUGCAUUUUUAUCAUUCCUCUUUUGAUGAUUCUCAUUUGGUUUAUCAUGGAUAUUUUGACAUCUUCUCCCAAUGCUUGUGCUUCUUUUGAUGACUUGAUUUCUUUGCUAUUUUUGGAAUGAAACGUUUUCUUUGGCUUCA